GGUUUUUUUUUUUUCUUUUAUUGGCAAAAAGAAUAAAAAAAAAAAGAAUUGGGGAAGAAAUGGAUGGACCAUAUGUGAAAAGAGAAGAUGAGCAACUGCAGUUUGAUAACAUCAAUCAUGAAGAAGAUGAUGAAUAUAAUGGUGACGUGGAUAUUCAUAAUAAUAAUAAUAAUCAAUUUAAUAAUAACAAUAAUAAUUUAGUAGAUGAAUUACCUCAACAUUCUUCAAUCAAUAAUGAUUCUUCAGCAGCAGCUGCAGCUUCAGCAGCUGGAAAACUAUUUGUUGGAGGCAUUGCUUGGGAGACUUCUGAAGAGUCUUUCAGCAAUUACUUCAACAAGUAUGGAGAGUUAACAGAUUCUGUGAUAAUGAUGGAUAAAAUUACUGGCCGACCACGCGGAUUUGGAUUUGUAACUUUUGCAAACUCAGCUGAUGCUGAUAAAGUUCUAGAGCAAGAUCAUGUCAUAGAUGGUAGACCUGUUGAAGUGAAGAGGACAGUUCCCAGAGAGGAUGCACAGGGUAGUAGAGGGGUAUCUAGAACGAAAAAAGUCUUUGUUGGUGGUAUACCAUUGACUUUAACAGAAGAUGAAAUGAGGGAGUAUUUUUCUAACUAUGGUGGUAUAAUUGAGCAUCAAAUUAUGCUAGAUCAUGUCACAGGACGCUCAAGAGGUUUUGGUUUUGUUACAUUUGAUAGUGAAGAAGCCGUGGAAAAGAUUUUUUCUGAUGGUCAAAUACAUGAACUUGGAGGCAAACAGGUGGAGAUAAAAAGGGCAGAGCCAAAGAGAGCUGGGGGUGAUUUUUCAUAUGAUAAUCGGUCACGUCGUGGUGGUGGUUCUAAGUCUUAUGGUAGUGGCGGCAGCGGCUUUGGUAGGGGUUCAGCUGGUUAUGGAGGUGGCUAUGGUGGGAAAUCAGAUAGAGGAUAUGACGGUUAUGGGGGUGGUUAUGCCGGUUAUAAUGGUUAUGGGGGAGGCUAUGGAGGUGGCUCUGUAGGUUUCUAUCCUGGUUAUGGUGGAUAUGGUUAUGGUUAUGGUUAUGGUGGACCCAUGUAUGGUGGUGCUGGAUAUGCAGGUGCUGGUUAUGGUGGUUAUAGCGGGUCUGCUAGCUACGAUGGGGGCAGGGGCUAUGGAAGUGGUAGUACAGGAAGUGGUGCUUAUGGUAAAGGGGUUGGCAGGGGAAGUGGAGGCGGAGCAGGUGUAGGUGGUAGUUAUGGAUAUGGAUACGGAUAUGAUGGUGGUAAAGCAUAUGAUAAUGGCAAUGGUGGCAGCAGCGGUGGUAGCACCGGCGGGAGGUUUCAUCCAUAUAGGAAGUGAGACUAUAUUAAUAGCUAGAUGAUACAUCAAAGCUGGAAUUUGCAGUUUCAGUAACGCAUUUUGAUCUAUGUGAAUUUUUUUUGAACUGUACUGUAUUAGCAACUUAGAAACUGAGUCAAGGAUGUUGAGUUUGUAACUUACUAGAACUUUAUAUUUUGACCAAUCAAAUCAAUUGUGUUUUCUUGAUCAA